UAACGUACAUUCUUUCCGCGUUUCUCCCGUCUAAACGUUGACAUUGUGGUAUGAUCGCAUCAUCAAAUAAAAAUCUCGAAAAUGAGAUUGAAGAUCCCGUCGAGCAGAUGCUAAAGAAGACCGGUUGCAUCGAAUUGCAUUAUCAAGUCCAAGAAUGUAUAGCUGAACACCAAGAUUGGAGAAAAUGUCAAGACCAAGUAAAGAAGUUUAGGCAAUGUAUGGCUGAGCACACAAAACAACAAGAAUUAGCACAGAAAUAAUAGUUAUCUAGAAGAUGUGGUUGUUAGGGAGAUAUGUCAGAUCU